GAAACAAACAUGGAAAGGAUAUAGAUUAUAGAAUACAGAGGCACCGACGUAGCGACGGUCAAGGUCCACAAUCCACAAUCCGCAACCGAAUAACCCACUACCCACAGAUUUCUCUCUCUCUCUCUCUCUGUUGGAUUGGAUCCUAAUAUCUGUGUUCCACUUUCAGAGGUUGCUCCUUCAUUCACGCCCUUGCUCUCUUCAAAUCUAUUUUCUUCCUCUGCUCUAUCUAUCUCUUGUUAUUUUUCCCUCUCACGCCAAUCACCAUGCCUUCUCCUUCAGAUCACCACCGCCCCCAACCAAAACCUAAUCCCAACCUCCUUUCUCUGUUCCUCAAACCAAUCAUCAUGCUCCUUCUCACCUCCCUCUUCUUCCUCUUCCUCGGCUUCGCUGCCUUCCUCCUCCUCAACCUCUUCCUCCUCGGCGGCGCCUUCCACCGCCUUCGCUUCCGCCCCUCCGUUACCACCGCACCCACCUCCUCCAACGGCCUCCCCCCUCGCGAAAUCAACAAGCUCCCCCGCUUUCGUGUCGCCAAUGGAUCCGAGACCCGACCCGACUCCAAUUGCGUCGUCUGCCUGGACGCAUUCCAUAACGCCCAAUGGUGCCGAAAGCUUGCUGCGUGCGGGCACGUGUUUCACCGCAGGUGCGUCGACACGUGGCUCCUUAAGGUCGCCGCAUGCCCCACGUGCCGCACACCCGUGGGAUUCAAUGCCGGUGCUACGGUACAUGACCCGCCUCAGCGGUCUGACCAUUUUCAUACCUGCGGAACUGACUCCAAUGCUCUCACCACCCUUUUAUAGCUUGUAAGUUUUCGUUUUUAAGCCUUUCCCAAACCAUGUAAGGAUAUCAAGUAAUUGUUUUUUUAAUCUAUGUAUAUGAAUUGUAGCAAUAGUUUUUUCUCCCAUUUCGACGACUAUUGGGAAGAAAUGAACCAACUUAAUUCACGAAUGUUUUGGUAAGUUUUUACUUUUAAGAAGAGGAGAAUGCCUUGAAAUCUAUCUCUUUA